UUUAAUCCGCCAGACCUAUCCCCAUGUCUCGCAGAGGCUACAGUCUCAUUCCCCAGUCGCCUACAGCAGACGGGCGCGAUGUUUCGCCCAUCGAUACCCGCCGUUCUGUUCUCAGUACAGUAUCCACUCUAGACCCGGAAAUCGCGGAAGAGCUGGAGGCCGAGGAGGACGCACACGUUGGAGUUAGGACCGUCGAGGCAGCAGAGCAGGUGUUCGGAAAGCACUCUACAUGGUUCCUGUUCAUUGGAAUUGGGCUAGCUUCCUAUGUCUACUCGCUCGACAACCAAACGACGUCCAACUACCUCGCCUUUGCCACCUCGUACUUCGGCGCGCACAGCCUCAUAUCGUCCAUACAAGUCGUUCAAUCUAUUCUUGGCAAGUUCUGUGCCUAUGUACCCCAUGUAGCAUGCAUUGAAUAUGGGUGGGCCGCAGUUGCCGUGGGGAAACCUAUCAUCGCAAAGGUCGCGGACGUGACCUCUCGUGCUACUGCAUAUCUUGUCGUUCUCGUAUUCUAUGUGUCAGGAUAUGCUAUCAUCGCCUCCGCACCUAGUGUUGGUGCUAUCGCUAUCGGAAUUGUCUUCUAUGCUAUCGGAUACACAGGACUGCAGCUGCUCACGUCUGUUAUCAUCGCUGAUAUUACCACUCUCAAAUGGCGUGGCCUCGUCUCCGGUAUGACAUCCGCCCCGUUCCUUGUGAACGCCAUCAUUGGCUCGAAGGUCGCCAACGCCGUGCUCGAACAUCUCGGAUGGCGAUGGGGCUAUGGCAUGUUUGCCAUAUUGGUCCCGGCCGCGUUGACACCCCUGAUCCUUACGCUCUUCUGGGGAGAGCGACAAGCCAAGAAGCUUGGAUUGGUCGACGCACCCCUACUUCGCGCAGAUAUAGCGCCACGGGUGAAGGGGAGAUUCUUGCGGAGCGCAUGGCUAUUUGCCGAGCAACUCGACCUCGUCGGUCUCGUGCUACUGGGCACCGCUGUUGCACUCAUUCUCCUUCCCAUGACCCUCGCACAGCGCGCCAAGAACAGCUGGAGCAGUCCGAACAUGAUCGCGAUGCUCGUCCUCGGCUGGAUCUUACUUCCCGUCUUCGCUCUCUGGGACAUCAAAUUCGCUAAGCGGCCUGUCAUCGCCCGAAGAUUCUUAACGAAUAGGACUGUCGUCUUCGUGGCCUUCAUCGGAUUCUUCGAUUUUCUCUCGUUCUUCUUGACCUUUACGUAUCUAUCCUCCUUCGUUCUGGUGACGAAGUCAUGGUCAAUGACGGACGUCUUCUACUUCGGCCAAGCGCAGACGGUGGGGUUGACCGUGUUCGGUAUCCUCGCUGGCAUCAUCAUGCGAUUCACCCAGCGCUACAAGUCUCUCCUCGUCGUCGGUCUCUUUAUUCGUCUAGUCGGCGUGGGUCUCAUGAUCCAUUCGCGCGGCCAACACAGCUCCGAUGCUGAGCUCAUCUGGACACAAGUACUCCAAGGCCUCGGUGGCGGAUUCGCGGCGAUUUGCUCUGGCGUAGGUGCCCAAGCUUCCGUUCCGCACGCCGAUGUUGCCAUGGUCAUUGCGAUUGUCCUUCUCUGGACCGAGAUCGGCGCAGGCGUUGGCGGUAGCAUUGCCGGAGCAAUCUGGUCGGGUUUAAUGCCCGAUAGACUUAGGCAGUACCUCCCAAAUCUCUCGCAGGAGGAGCGCGACGUGCUGUUUGGCGAUAUCACGGCCGUACGCGAGCGGACGAUGGACGACCCCGUACGCCAAGGCGUCAUCAGUGCGUAUAGCGAUACUAUGAAGAUUAUGCUAAUCCUCGCGACCGCUUUGAGCUUCAUUCCGCUCAUCCUCUCCAUCUUCAUGCCUAACUGGUAUCUCGGCGACCAGCAGAACGCUGUCGAGGAGGCGGACUUCAGCAGCAGACGAAGCCGAGGUGCGUCGCUCGUAAGGCCGCGUCCAAGCGAGGAUGAGGACAAUAGGGAGGUUUAAGUAGCGAGAUAUACGAUGUUGUUUCAGGACAAUGUUCGCAUAGGAUGUAUUCCUCGCUUUGUUGAACUGAAUGGCCUGCCUUUUCUAUCCC